AUGGUUUCAGAUUUUCUUUCAAAUACAACACAAACAAAUGCUGAUAAAGACAAUGGUGGAGGCUCUUCCGACAACUUUGCACAUGGUGAAAUAAUUCGUAUAGUCGCAGGACUUUUUGCUGUUACUGCAACUUUGUUGUCAACGAUGUCUAUUUGGUCGCAUUUAAAAAACUAUAGAAAACCAGCAUUACAACGAUAUGUGGUGCGAAUUAUAAUAAUGUAA